AUGCUGCAUGCACGUCCGUCCUUUUGCCCAGCCUCGUCUAUCGUGCCCACGAAGCCAGACGAGUCGGCAGGCCCUAGCAACGGGGUCAGUAGCCAAGGCCUUGUAGACGAGACCGGACAAAGUGUUCACAUGCCGUCUAAUUUAUUAUGUCGUCUCAGACCCCCUCUGGCUUCAUGGCGCACAUGCAAACUGUCCUUACAUUCGCUCCGACGCCGGAAUGGUGAAAAAACACAACUGCCUUCGCCACGUAAUGGGAAAGACAUGCACAUCUGUCAGAGCACUAGGAUUGACGCAAUUCUGGCCUCGCUCGAGGGAUGA